GCAUUUGCCUCUUGCUUCUCCAUACUCGGUCGUUUGUUGAAAUCAAGAGUGUGUCGAACAAAGUCAAGAGGGGGAAAAAACUGCUUGCUUUAUAACACUACACUAGCCAGUUUCUCAUAUGAUAAGCUACUGUUUCCUUCCCAGUCUCGAGUUCUUUUAGGCUGUUGAUAGUUUUUGGCCCUUUCAUUUUUUUUUUUUUUUUUUGCCUGGGAAAGCUGAGAAUUCCUAUAUGCUUGCUAUAAAGAAACAGCCCAUUCAGGAAUUUUCUUGCGCCUCACAUAAUUAACUUGACUUUCCUACCUAGGCACUAGAAAUUUUUUUCUUUCUUGUUCUUUGAAAUAGUCACUUUCUGUGGAUUUCUUUUUUUUUUUUUUUUUUGUUAAAUCGUUUCUGUUUUUCUUUUCACCGGCAAAGGAAUAUGGAGGAACAUACUGAUCAGUUUUUCAAUCUGAUUCCUAAGCAAGAAGAAUGGAGUGGUAGCCAAAAGUUAUCAGAGGACAAAAAACUGGAGCUGAGACUUGGUCCCCCAGGAGACUUCCUUAGCAUCAAGAACAUUACCAACGCUAAUGGAAUCAAAAGAUUUCUUGAUGCAGACAGAUCUGAAGCAAAGACAGGAGAUAGAAACUGGUUCAUCAAUACUUACGAAAAGCAAUGCAAAAAGCUCUUAGGUUAUGAAGGAUCUGAUGAAAAGGUAUUCUCUUCUCCAUGGUUACCAUCAAGCGGCUCUUUACAUUCAUCAACUUUCCAAAGGGAGACCCAGAGAGAGAUAAUACAACCCAAGCCUUCAUAUCUUCGGUGCUCUACCGCGGUAGAGUUACAGUGCCCAGAUAAGAAGCUAAGUUCUGGUCCUGCUAGUGCUUCAUUUCCUCCUACCACAGCUGGGACCCCUAGCCCUCAUAAAAGAGUUGCACCUGCACCGGUCGUUGGGUGGCCUCCAGUUCGGUCUUUCAGGAAAAAUCUUGCUAGUAGCAGCAACUCAAAGCAGGCGGAUGCUAAUUUACCAAAUAAAACUCCAACUGAAGGCUGCACUGUGAAGCCUGGAAGUUUCAGGAAUGAUUUAUUUGUAAAGAUCAACAUGGAAGGAGUCCCUAUUGGAAGAAAAAUAAACCUCAAUGCCUACGACAGUUAUGAGAAACUAUCCGUUGCCAUUGAUGAGCUAUUCAGAGGUCUGCUUGCAGCUCAAAGGGAAAAUUCUACUGCUAUGAUUGAUGAAGCAAAAGCAAAUUCAGGUUUAUCAGGAUCUGGAAGUGGGGAAUAUACUCUAGUUUAUGAGGACAAUGAAGGAGACAGGAUACUUGUUGGGGAUGUCCCUUGGCACAUGUUUGUAUCGACAGCAAAGAGGCUGCGCGUGCUGAAAAGCUCUGAACUAUCGACACCACAACUUUCAGUUGGGAGCGGAGAGCAAGAAAAGACACCACUUAACUCGUUAGUGGAAAUUGGAAGAUGAUGAAGCUUUAAGUGGAGAAUAAAGUCAUUGCAUACAUCGUUUCCUUGGCCUACCUCAAUGUAAAAUGUGGCUUUUUUCAUUUUCUUGAUGCUGAAGAAGAAAAUGAUAAAAAAAAAAAAAAAAAAGGCUGAACUUGUUUAUUAUUUUUGUCACUGCUUUUAUAUAGGGUGGAUCCAUCUCCUUCAACUCUUUUUCCAAGCUUUAGACGGUCUGUAAAAUAAGUUUUGUUGACGUAUAAAUGCAUCUUGAAGUAGCCUAUAGUUUGUAUA